CCCGCGCGCAGCUUUCUUUCAGAGUAGUGAUCAUCACAGUACAAGUUACAGCGUUACAACUCAAUAAUGUGCAAACACAGGAGAUAAAUAAGAAAAGGACGUUCCAAACACACCUGUUGGACUGCUUACACGCACUUUAAAGCCAGCAGAGGACCUCUGACUCGAUGUGAGAAGAAUAAUUAAGGUCUCUAAUUUGCACUGAUCCAAGGAAUAAUUCACCUUCAUCCCAAACAAAAUGCGAACGGAGGAUGCGUCAAGCACUGUGCUGCACCGACUGAUCCAGGAGCAGCUGCGUUACGGAAAUCCCACAGACGCUCGCACCCUCCUGGCCAUCCAGCAGCAGGCCCUACGGAGCGUGGUGAACGGAGGAAGCGGAAGCCCUCGCUCGUCUUCAGACAGCUUUUCCCAGGAGGAACGUCAGGAACCGCAGGGCCAAGAGCACCAUGUUGACUUCCAGCAUUCGGAGAUCUAUCUUCCCUACCACCAUGAGCAGCUGCCCACGUAUGAGCAGGCCAAAGCGAAUUUGCAGCUCGUGGCCUCGCAGUGGUGCCAGGACAGGCAGAUUUAUCCAGAGGAUAACCCUAAACCAAGCCAUGCCAGGUCGCUCAGCGAGCGUCUCAUGCAGCUCUCGCUUCUACGCAAAGACGUUAACAUGGAGUCGCUCUCCGCGAGCUCAUCUUCUAGCUACCCACAAAUAGCCGGCUAUCAACUUAGACAGCAUCAUAUAGGAUUUCAGCCUCAUGCGUCCACGUCUGAUCAUGCCCACGAGAUUGAAGCGUUCUACCCGAAACCGCCACCACCUUUCCACUCCCAACACACCAGACUCGUCCCACCUGUGCUGUCACCUGAAGCACGCCACGUGCUUUUUCUAAGCGCGCCCCCUGCUGGCAGGGAGGUCUCCCCACAGACAGAGCUGCUGAUGAAGGAGAACGAGAGGCUGAAGCAGGAGCUGGAAGGCCACGCAGAAAAGGCGCUCAGGAUUCAGAAGCUGGAGCAGGAAAUCCAGAGGAUCUCUGAGGCCUAUGACACUCUGAUGCAGGGCUGCUUGAAGAGAGAAACACUGGAGCAAACGCUCAGGAGCAAGCUGAUGGCAGAAAUCAAGAGGCUUCAGGACGUGAACACGGACCUGAGAGACAGCCUGGAGAGCAGCAGCAUUCAGGCGGCGAAAGACGUGAAAGCUGCAGACCAUAACGAGCAGGUUAUCGCUAACCUCCGCAUGCAGAAUGAGGAGCAGAAGUCGCAGUGUGCGCGACUGGAGCGCGACGUGCAGUUCCUACGUGAGGAGACGAGCGCUGCGCAGGAGCGCAGCCGGCAGCUGCAGGCCGAGCUGCACAGGAAGAGCGCGUACGUGGAGAGGGUGGAGCGUCUGCAGGGGGCGCUGGCUCAGUUACAGGCCACCUGUGAGAAGAGAGAGGGUCUGGAGCUUCGUCUGCGCACAAGGCUGGAGGCGGAGCUGCGCACACUCAGGAACCAGCAGAGGCAGACCCGAGCGUGUCCGGGCGUCACGGCGUCCUCGGCGAACGUGAGCGUCCUGCUGGAGCGCCUGAGGGAACGAGAGGAACGGAUUUUGGCCAUGGAGGCUGACAUGACUCGCUGGGAGCAGAAAUACCUGGAGGAGAAAACCAUGAUGGAGUUCGCGAUGGACACGGCGGCCACCGCUGCGGCGCAGAGAGACACCACCAUCAUCAACAACCGCUCGCCCUGUCACGCAUCUAAAACCAGCCCCGGUGAGGAUCCGCCUCGGAUUCAGAGCCAGGAAGUAGAAAACAGGAUCCGCGAUCUGUACGGGCAGAUCAUGGAGAAGGAUGCCGUGAUUAGUGUCCUUCAUUACCGGCUCCAGCAGGAACAGCAACCAGAGAACUGUGAAGAGGGCGAGGGUGUACCUUUGAGUUGCCCCACCCACCCUGGCUCAAGCUCCUCCUACAAUAAAGAAAGCGACAAACAGAAGCCGCAGAAUCCAUUGGAAGGUCUGGACAGCGUGGAAGCCGAGGCAGUGGAAAUCUUCAUCUGAGUAACUGACGGAGUGCAGGAACUCUGCAGAGCCGUAGAAGAGAACCCGAGAUGUCCGGAGGAUCCGAAGCUAAGCUUUCCUCUCCUCUCACUCAUGGAGCGCUCUCUAAACUCGAGCCAAAAAAAACCCAGACAAAGGGGAGUUUUGUGAACGUGAACUGUGUUUUGAGGAAAAUGAGGCAGUGUUGUGUUUCGAUUCAGAAAGAAUCACCGAAGAGCUGACGCAUACAGAGCGACCGGAGAUUGAAGUAAAUGAACGGGAACGCCUACACUUAUUUUUCAUACUUUAGCUGUUGCUGCGACUCGUAUAGCUUCAGGCUUCAGCCACACAACCUCGGGCAAAUUCCCAGCCCCUCCCCGUCGGCUCACUCAGGCGCCUCCUCUUAAAGUUAAAAACGUUUAACCAGUAGCUGUAAAAUAUCUUGCAGAUAUCAAGUUACACAGACACCGGGCACAUUUAUGAAUUUAUAAAAGAUUUCAUUCAUUUUAUUUAAGAAUGUUGUCUGUUUUUAGUCUCUGGACUGUUGUCCUCUCUUCUUCUUUUCUUUCAUUAAACGAAGGUCACUCUCUCACCAUUGAUCUCACCACAUUGGUAUCCUGUCGAAUGUUUUUUUCUGGAGGCUGAAACUGUUGUGGUUUUUACAGCUCCGCCUUCACUGCGCAUUCCUUUCAUUUUCUUUCUUUCACGCUCCCUGUAGCAGAGACCUGGUGCGUAAUGACUUUUACAGAAAAAUUGUUGAAUUGUAAUCCCCUUCCCCACCUUCCCCGUUGUAUAAUGCAUCUGCUGGACAGUGUGUCGUACGCACAAUCACGCCGAGCUGUGCUUACUCCGUAUAUUUUGUUUACCACGUCAUAACACAUGAUGUAAGAUUAAUAUAUUUGCUAUUUUAUAUUAGUAGAUCUAAUACUAAAAACCAUUCAUUCCAGCUUUCGUAUGUGAAAGAUGUGAACGUUCUGGAACAUUUCACACGUGUCAAAAUAAACAAAUAAAGGUGUUUAAUAUAUUUAA